AUGAAGUUUACGCAUAUCGUAUUGACAAUCCUUGUUGCAUACUCUCUUACAGUCAGUGCCUUCAAGGAUGGCCACUUGGGAGAUUAUUCAAAUAAUUCAACAGAACAGAGGUUUUGUGAAAGUGUUCUCGACUACGAUAUCAGCAUAUUUGAAUGCAUUGAUGGGAUUUUAUGUGUCAAGGGCAUGAAUAGGUGUGGCAGUACAUGCUAUAACCCAUCCUUAAACGGCUGCUGUGGCGAUCAGCUUACUUCCCACGGAGCACCCUGCAAGGAUAUUGAAGCCGUAGAAGAUGAAGAUGAAUACAGCGAACAGGGUAAAUUAUUCACCUCCGUUAAACCUAAUAGUGCAGCUAAUACUCACCCCAAAUUAUGA